AGGAAAGACAGAGCAGCAGUGAAGGCCUGGACACGUGGAGAGUUGUGAGGAAAACCUGUCAAAAUCCUGUGGCUGGUGCUUAGGACUCACUCACGAGCAUGGCUCUGUCAGUGGGAACACGAGUCAUAUCCGAACUCACUGAUGGGCUCACAGAGAAAUACGUAAGAGAGUAUCUGAAGAGCCUGAUAACUGAAGAUGGAGCCUGGAGGGCAUUUGUGAAGGCAGCAGGGUUGUCAAGCGAGGAUGAAGAUGCACUGCGUGAUGCACUGAAGGAGCAUUUAGCACAGGAGCCCACAGAUGAACAUGACAGGCUUGACAGGGAGCUGCAGAAAAAGAGGUUUUUGGAAGAAUUUCCUGGGUUGAAAAGGAAGCUGGAAGAACACAUCAGGAAGCUCCGAGACCUGGCUGACCAUCUUGACCGGGUGCACAAGGGCUGCACCAUCUCCAAUGUGGUGUCUGGCUCUGUUGGCAUUGCCUCUGUACUUGGAUUAGCUCUGGCCCCCUUCACAGGAGGGGCCAGUCUGCUGCUCUCAGCAACUGCAUCAGGGCUAGGAGCAGCUGCAAGUGUGAAUGGCCUUACCACCAGCAUUGUGGAAGAAUCAAGUCAAUUAUCAGAUGAGGCUGAAGCCAGGCGCCUAGUUGGGGCCAGCAAGAGCAUACUUCAGGAGAUUCGGAAUCUCAUCCCUAAGCUUGAAAUCAAAAUAUUUAACACAGGUGUGGAUUUAGUCUAUGCCUGGAAUACCAUAGGGCAGCAGAUGCAUGCCUUCAGGGUGGCCAGAAGCAGCUCUCGCUCUGGAACCCAGGCCAGGAAUCUCAGAAACUUGGCCCAAGGUUCUGAGCAGGUGGGGAAUGCCUUAUCUCACUCUGCUCUCCCAAUGACAGGAGGAGCCAGGAUCACAGGAGCAUGCAUUACAGGUAUCUUCCUUUUAUUGGAUGGGAUUCACCUUGUGACUGACUCAAUGGAUUUGUACAAUGGGGCAACAACAGAGUCAGGGGGAGCUCUGCGGGACCUGGCUCACAAACUGGAGGAGAAGUUGCAGGGAUUUGAGCAGAUCCACAAGGCUCUGCAGUCAGACUUAUUUCAGUGA